UCCAUCAACCAACCGCCCACCAUGCUCCUCUCCCUUUUUCUCUGCCUCCUCACCACCACCACCAGCCUCGCACUCCCACUCCAUCUCACUCCACGUGAUGGCCAAGCCUGUACAUACUACGGCCAAACAAUCUGGGAAAACAACCAGUGUUUCUACUGCUACCAGCGCAUGCUCUGCCCCCUACGCUGCGGCACCGUGCUGGUGAAAUCGUCCGUAGAUCCGAGCGUAUGUGGUCAUUAGGGGAUACGCGGAUACGUGCGGCGCGGGUGAGAGAGAGAGCAAGCAUUGGCCAGAUCGGGCGUGGGGCGAAGCCGCAAAGCCGCGAAGCCAUGCAGGCACACGGCGGCGGCGGCUACCCUUUUCGAAAAACCAACACGGCGUGGGCGUACACGCCUCUGCAAAAUUUCCUAAAUGGCGUCACUUUCAUCUAUUUCGCUUCCCGAGGCGGCGGGUAGCGAAAGUCGGCCUGACAUGUGGGUUUGAGGGAUUCUUGUACGACCCGAGUAUGCAUGCGGAUUUUAGUGAGCCGCGGGCGGGGCGGAGCUGCCGCGAUCGGGGGCUGCGUACAGUCAGUCGUAAGGAAGUGUCGAUCUGUGAGAAUGUGAGAAAUAUCCUGGUCCCUGGCGUUCCAGAUUGGGGUGAGGAUGGAGGAUGGAGAUGCAGGGCGAGAUGCAGGGACCGCGGCGCUGUUGUGAGAUGC